AUGAGGAAGUUGUACCUUUGCUUCUUCUUGAUAUUCUUCUUCUACUUGAGUAGUGAAGCAGUUUCGGGCUUCAUUGUGGAAUUCCCAGAUACAAAUUCCCCGAUUGGUGAUGAUGCAUUAUCACUGUUUUAUUACCACCGGAGUUGUCCAGAUGCUGAAAGGAUCAUACACAAUAUAGUCAAACAAUGGGUUGAUAAAGAUCCUACUCUUGCUCCGGCCAUCAUGAGGUUGCAUUUCCAUGACUGUGCUGUCAGGGGAUGUGAUGCUUCGAUCCUUUUGGACUAUCAAGGAAGCGAAAGAUGGUCUAACGUGAGCAAGUCACUGAGGGGAUUUGAGAUUAUCGAUGAAAUUAAGAGAGAAAUUGAGAAGAAGUGCCCCCGGACGGUCUCCUGUGCCGACAUUCUCACCGCCGCCGCGAGAGACGCCACCGUCUUAGCCGGAGGUCCGUACUGGCAAGUCCCCUAUGGAAGGAAAGAUGGCCGAGUUUCGAUUGGUAAGGAAGCUGAAUUGGUUCCAAUGGGACGCGAAAGUGUCACGGGCUUGGUGGAAUUCUAUCAAUCAAAAGGGCUUAAUAUAUUGGAUUUGGUUGCCCUUUCAGGAGCUCACACUAUUGGGAGAAGUACAUGUGGAUCACUACAAUAUAGAUUAUACAACUACAUGGGAACUGGAAAGCCAGAUCCAACAAUAACUCCAAGAUAUCUGAAUUACCUGAGGAGAAAAUGCAGAUGGGCAUCAGAAUAUGUGGACCUUGAUGCCAACACCCCUAAGAAAUUCGACACUCAGUACUACAAAAACAUUCAGAUCAAGAUGGGACUGUUGAAAACCGACCAGAUUCUCUACUAUGAUUCCAGAACUAAACCUCUCGUCCAUGCUUUCGCUUCCCAGUCGGAAGUGUUUCGCCACCAAUUCGCGGCGUCGAUGGUGAAGCUCGGCAACAUUCAGGAGUAUCAAAGUGUUGAGGAAGGUGAAAUCAGAGUGAUUUGCAGCUCUGUCAACGAUUAA